AUGUUGAACCCGCGCGUCCACCUGGCGCGCUUGCUGUGCAAGCAGGUCAGAUGCGGCGGAGUUCCACCACCCAUCAGGAUGGUGGCGCCGGCAAGUCUCCACUUGCAGCCAAAGCUUCCAACUCCCGGUGGUAGCUGCAGAUCUUUCUCUUUAUGGGAUGGGAUGGGAGUAUGGGAGAGAGCCGAUGAGCUCAUGUCAAAGCUGGCCAACGCGGAUGGUACCAUCAAUCUGGUCCAAAGAGUAGCCGGUUUCAAGCUAUUGCUCAAGGCAUGGAAAGACUUUUGCUGCUGGGUGCAGCCCCAGCAGCAGGACCACGCCGCAUUUCAAGAGCUCGGUCAAGAAGUUGUGGCAGGGUUGGAGAAGAUGUUUCAGACUGCCAACAAUAAGUUGUCAGGAAAAAUGUCAGCUUUGCAGGCAGAAAUUCAACCCCACAUGUACGAGUUGUUUGUCAAGCUGGUGAUUUAUCAGCUAGUUGCUGGUUGCAGUGCAAGUCAGUACCGCUUUGUUGCAGGGGUUCCCAUCAUUUUCUGUUGGAAGGGUGUGAGCAUUUUGCAGUCAUUGUCGGAACGGAUGAGGAACUGUGAGAUACCAACGGAGUUCCGGCCGGUUCUGCAACCAAUGGGUGAUGUUGAUGUUGAUCAGCUUCAGCAAAGUGCCUUCAGCAAAGUCCUGCAGGUCGCUGCGGCGGAUGCCAAGUGGCAGACGCUGCUGACGUCAGAUCAUCCUAUCAUCCAAGACAUCAGGCGAUUGAAGGAGCAAUGGGCCCCGUCCGCCCCGUCAAUGGCAACGGAUUUGCUUGGUGUUGGUGUGGUGAGACGCGUGCUAAACGUUAAGGAUGCACGACAUGUGGCUUCCCAUGCAGGCGAUUUGUAUGUGCACAAGUAUAAUAAUGAUGGCUGGCUUGUUCGAUAUGAGGGAGUUGGUGAUCAGGUAUCUUUUAGGUGUGUGGACAUGAGUUCCGGGAUGGCAAUUGGUGAUGCUAUGGAAGGUGAUGGGUGUAUGGUGGUUAGCGGUGGUUUCUGGAGAUCCCACUUUGUUUCCGUUGGCUCGGUUUCAGAGACCCAUCACGUGAUUAUGGAAGAUUGGAGACAGCAUACAGGAUUUACAGGUUUCAGUUUGACAGGUUCCCAUGCCUAUUUUUGCCCUGGGCACCGGCACCAAGUAUAUUCACUGGAUAUGGAGACAAAAUGCAUCCGCCCUUUGAUUGGACAAGUCGAAGUACCGGGAUGCAGUGAUAGCAAGAGACCCUCAGAGCAGUUGCUCAGAAAUCCAACCGACACAGCUGUGUUCAGCAGGCGUUUGUUCAUUGCAGAUGCUGGGAACCAACGAGUCCUCUGCUUCGACAGGAAAAAGAACGAGUGCCAGGUAGUGUUUGAAGGCAUGGAACCAAGGCACAUUGCAGCCUACCAUAGUGGCCUUUUCGUGUACGAUCAUGGGCAGCACAAAAUUUUCCAUGUGACCAUGGACACCUGGGAGGUCCGCCACGUCCUGGGCACAGGCAUCUCAGGCAUCCUUUUUGAUAGCGAAGAAGGAUUGCCACCGCUGUCCACGAAUCUUCGAACUAUUACCAGCAUGACCAUUUACCGUGAUGGAAAACUUGCUUUCCUGUAUGAAGACGACCCCAUCGUUCGGGAGUUUUGGAUGCCAUCGCCUUCAACUCCAACCCUCUUGCCUGUGGGCACAGUAUGCGCAUCGCAUGUGAAACUUUUUCAGCAGGGCCAGGAUGAUGAGAAAGAUGCACUGCUUCCCUUGCAGGGUCCUGAUCUACAGCCUCCUCUUCCGACACACUUUCAGCCUUUCUCCGAAGGCUCCAUGCCUAUGUGCUUGUCUGAAACGUUGCCAGGAGACAAAAACAAAUUCAUUUUCAGUUUCAAGUUGGGGCGUCCAACCCACGGACUAGGCAUUUGUCUUGUCACAGAGACAUCAGGGCCCUCCAACAGCAAACCAGUCGAUUGUCACAUGUUCAGCCCAAUUGAAUGGAACGCACAGACACAUGUCACCACUCUGUCAAAGAUGAGGGAACAAGCGCAGCUGGACAAUCAACCAUUCCGGAAACUUUGGAAGAAAGCCAUUGAUGCAUUUCACACGGUGGUGAUGAAUGCCGACACCGCCGCAUCCUUGGCAAAGCCAUUCUGUUUGGAAGACGAAAACUACUUCAAAGUUGAAGUGGAAAGAACCUAUGAUGCUGAUGCGCACAGCUUUACUUGGAAACUCGUAAAAGUCUAUGUCAAAGCAGAAAGCUGGAUGGUGCGCGCUGAAAGUUUAGAUGAACUGACCGUUGGUGUGGCCGUGCCGGUUCGGAUUUGUCUAUUCGCUGCCAUAGAAGAUGGCUGCUUAGAGUUUUUGGAUGAACCCAGGCUUACUGUAUUUAAUUAA